GUCCACGGCGCGGCGCGGGGCGGCACGGGGCUGCUCCCCUCGGCGGUGCGAGGCGACGCGGAUGCGGCACCCAACCGGCUCCCCAGGAGUCGAACCCCGGCGCGGCCCCAGUCGCCGCGCGCACACGGCGCAAAGGAGCUCUCCGCACGCGGCGCGCGCAGAUGCCGGAAUGUGAACGACGCCACCAGAGACAUUGGUUUUACAUAUGACGCUAUCUUCUGGACAGCAGGCUCUUACGUUUUCAAUAUAAAACAGUGGUGUGGCAUUAAACGAGCUGGACAAGUGAAAAUCAAAAUAGUUGCGCUGACGCUGAAAGCAGACAUACCAUGUCGGUUACAUCAACUCAGGAACAAAAAGCAAAACUGUGAUAAAGUGAACAAAAACGUGUUUGUACAAGUUUUAUUUUACAUUUUAGAUAUUAUGUUUUUGCGAAUCGGAAAUUUCUUUUAUACACGAUGUCUUCUUUGGUACCUGGAGUUAUUUGAAUUUAUAAAUUAUUUAUAUUUAUAUAUCAAUUAU